AUGUUGAAAAACAGCAUGAUGAAUGCUUCUGCUACAUGUUGCACUGUUGAGCAAGAACUGAAAGAAGAGAAAACUCUGAAUGUCAAUAUUGCUGAGAUUUCUGCAGAAUUGCAAAGGGAGAAACAGAAAAACGCGAAGCUCAUGAAGAGAAUAUCAGUUCUUGAAUCUCAUAUACAAGGAAGACAUAAAGAUUUCAACUUCUCAAAUGGAAAUGCCAGUAGUCAAAGUAUAGACGAAAGGCAUUUCAGAAAGCUCAAGAGACAAAGAGUAGCACAAUGUAUCGACACUAAUGAGGACAGAACACGAAAAAUGGACUCAGGGGUGAAGGAUCACACUGAAAUCUUCCCGACGAAAGAUGUUCAUACAGAACAUUGCCUAGUGAAUUGGAUGAGUAUGGAUGAUACUCAGUUUCUGAAUUUUGAAAGAUCCAAAGACAGUAAUUCAGCUGAAGAAAAUGACCCUGAUGAUAGCAAAGAUGAAGAUGACCAAGAAUCCGAGGACAGUGGCACUUAUACUGACACUGUAGAUACAGGAAAUGUCAAGAGCUUGCAAAUUGAGAAGGAGAUCGCUGAACUGAAAGAAGAUAUCAGUGAAGCAAGUGAUCCACCAGUCUUGGGAAGUUGUGAUCAUCAUGCAGAUCCAGCAGAAAAAAGUUCACCAACUGAUAUGGACGUUUGCAAGAACGCAAAUAAUGAAGAAACCUAUAUGCUCGAAGCCUACGAGGAGGUUUCAAAAGCCUGUCCUAUUGAUCAUGGAAUAAGAAGACCGGGAAGUGCAUCGUCACAUAAAAAGUCCCUAAAGAUGGCAUUCUGUCCCAAGGAAGUAAAGAAAAUGCUAGGUUCAAAAGAACUUUCACUGGAAAAUGCUCAAUCUCAUACUAUGAGAAAAAUCUUAGUUUUCACACCUCUUGGUAUAAGGCACGGGAGUGAAGACAUGUAUGAACUAGACUUCAAUCAUUUCAGCAUUUUACACAAGGGAGAACCAUAUAUAGAUUCAAAAAAUCCAGGUGUAUGCUACUAAACUUCAAUUAUAUGUUGCUUCACUGUUUACUAAUUCUAGACCGUAUACACAUAUUAUACACUGGAUUAUACAUGGUUAUACACAUAUUAUACAUGAAUUAUACAUAUUAGUUUAAUUCUUCAUUCAAUGAAGCAACUGUUUAUUGUAAGAACAGAAAUCUGCCCAUUGUAAAACUAUUCAUUUAGCAGAAGAAAAACUCGAUUUUCUUGAUGGCCAUGCUCACUCCUAUAAUAGACUGAUAGAAAUCAUUGAAAACUAUUAAUCAAGUUAUUUUACUAAACAUGAAUGUCUAAAACUUUUGUUGUAUCACUUUCUUAUACCUACAAAGUGGUUCAAAUUUCAAUUGACUUGAUAUGUUCUGUACCAGGAGCAUGUAUUAUACGAUAACCUUGGAUUUCGGAGGAAGAUAUUCUAUCCCAACAGACACAACCCAACCUUGUGUCCUGUUAAAAUACUUGAAGAGGAGAAGUUCAUGCGUCCCUCGGAUGCCACCUGCCCGUCAUGCUUAUUCCUAUGCAUCAAGUAUGGAGGAAGGACAAGAAAUCUUCCUCAAAAUGAGUAAGACUGCAUAACUAUAGUAUUUCUGUACAUUUCGUUGCAAUAAUAUUGACUUAAUAUUUCAUGUACUGACCAUGUAAGGAAUUUUUUUGUGUAAUAUGGGUUCAGUUGACUUAUAGGUAACUCUCCAUAUCGAAUCUGAUAUGACAAACUAAAAAUUGCAGUGAUAGUGUAAACAUUCUUAACAUUGUAAUGUAUAUAACUUGAACUGAUCUAGUUAACAUUACAACAAAAUUGAGUUUUUAGUUGUCUAAAUAUAUAUCAAAAUCUUGACUGAAGGCACAAACAUGAAAUUAAUUAGGCAUUUUUUCUCAUAGAUGAGAUUUUAUUAGUCUGUAAAUGGAUGCA